AUGACCCAGGACCCCCAAGCAGAGGCGAAGCCCGUCACCCCGCAGCCCCCCAUGAAGCCCCGCCUGGAGCGAGCCCUGUCUCUCGAUGACAAGGCCUGGAGGAGGAGGCGUUUCCCGAACAGCCAGGAGGACCUGUCGGCCGCGGAGCGGGACGGCGCCAGCCCGCGCGCGGGCUCCCCGCACCAGGCCCAGGGCCCGGCCGCCGCAGCCGCCCAGGACCACCCUGCACCCUGCCUGGGCCCGUCUUUGCAGGAGGUCCCGAAAGCCCGCAGGGCUGCGGGCAGUGAGGGAGGGAGUCCACCCGGGUGGAGUAACCGUCUCUCUGGAGUGGCCAGCACCUCCCUAGAUCCCCUGCACAGGGAGGCCCUGCCAACUGGAAGCUCCCCGCUGCCCCCCGGCCUGCGGCCCCCACGCUCAGCGCCCGCGUCUGACCACCGCGCGGCCUCCGACCCUGCGAGUGCAGCAAAUGACAUUGACUCGGAGCACGCUGACCGCAAGCCGCGGGCCCAAAGCAAGCUGGUCCGGGCCCACAGCAGCCUGGGCACUUGCCGACCCCGGAGCCCCCUGGCCUCUGACGACCACCCGCUCCACGCCGCCCGAUCCUCCUUCAGCCUCCUGGCACCCAUCCGAACCAAGGACAUUCGGAGCAGGAGCUAUCUGGAGGGGAGUCUUCUGGCCAGCGGGGCCCUGCUGGGGGCAGAUGAGCUGGCUAGGUACUUCCCAGACCGGAAUGUGGCCCUAUUUGUAGCCACCUGGAACAUGCAGGGCCAGAAGGAGCUCCCAGUGAGCCUGGACGAAUUCCUGCUGCCCAGCGAGGCCGACUACACCCAGGACCUGUACGUCAUCGGGGUCCAGGAAGGCUGUUCCGACAGGCGGGAGUGGGAGACACGCCUGCAGGAGACGCUGGGCCCCCGGUACGUGUUGCUGUCCUCCGCCGCGCACGGGGUGCUGUACAUGUCCCUGUUCAUCCGCAGGGACCUCAUCUGGUUCUGCUCGGAGGUGGAGUGCUCCACUGUGACCACUCGGAUCGUGUCUCAGAUCAAGACCAAGGGGGCCCUGGGCCUCAGCUUCACCUUCUUCGGCACCUCCUUCCUCUUCAUCACCUCUCACUUCACCUCCGGAGACGGAAAGGUGGCCGAGAGGCUAAUGGACUACGCCAGGACCAUCCAGGCCUUGGCCCUGCCCAGGACUGUACCAGACACCAACCCCUACCGCUCCAGCGCAGCGGAUGUCACCACCCGGUUCGAUGAGGUGUUCUGGUUUGGAGACUUCAACUUCCGCCUGAGCGGAGGGCGCCGGGCAGUGGAGGCCAUCCUGAAGCAGGACCUGGAGGUGGACGUGCCAGCCCUGCUGCGGCAUGACCAGCUCACCCGGGAGAUGAAGAAAGGGUCCAUCUUCAAGGGCUUCCAGGAGCCCGAUAUCCACUUCCUCCCGUCAUACAAGUUUGACAUUGGGAAGGAUACUUACGACAGCACCUCCAAACAGAGAACCCCCUCCUACACGGACCGAGUCUUGUAUAGAAGCCGCCACAAGGGGGACAUUUGUCCCUUAAAGUACUCUUCCUGCCUUGGCAUCAAGACAUCUGACCACCGCCCUGUGUACGGCCUGUUCCGGGUCAAAGUGAGGCCAGGACGGGACAACAUCCCACUAGCUGCCGGCAAGUUUGACCGAGAACUGUACUUGAUAGGAAUUAAAAGACGGAUUUCAAAAGAGAUGCAGAAACAGCAAGUGCUGAAGAACCAGAGCUCCAGCACUGUCUGUACUGUUUCCUGAAGUGGCUCAGUGGAGACGGUCAUGGCAGCCCAGGCGAAUGUCGGAGCACACAGGCCGCUGCAAAGGCAGAAGUUUGCUCUUGGGCAGCUCCUGCCCCUUUGGGAGUCCUGUCCUGCUUCCUCACAAGCAGCAGCGGUGAUGGGCAGCUGGGGGCGGGGGCUGUGGCCACACCCACAGCUGUCGUGGGGCAGAAGCUGCCUGCCUCUAGCUGGGUGAGCGGUUCUCAUUUGGCACGUCCCCGUUGGGCACAUGGCAGCCCUUUGCCUCCAGGGGGAGCCCUUCAACCCCCACAUCUGUGGACGAGUGAGGUGCCUCCCCUCAUGUCCACUUGUGCCAGAAGCCUCUCCUCCGUUCACUCAACCCCCAAGCCGGAGCCUGAGUUUUUAGGUGUCCAGGGAGAACCCUCACACGGGCACACAGGCACCCGGGUCAGGGCUGGGCAUCUCCUGGACACUCAGACGUAGCUGCCAUGAACCCUGCCACCAGAGACCAAAGCUAGACACUUGGAGGAUGUGGCCUGGCAUCCCUCUGCUAGGCUACGUCUCAGGGCUCCGCCCCCCCCCCCCCCCCCCCCCCCCCCCACAGGCCAAGCCCGGCCUUGUAAAACUAGGGUUCUAGGAUUGCGACCAUCUGCUUUAGUGACAGCAGCCACAGAACGGGACCACACCCUAAGUCAGACAGCUCCAUCCUGCUUCCCAUCCCUAGAGCUUAAAACCCUCUGCUGCUCCCUUGAGUGUAUUAAAACCUAGGGGAUAGCCACACCAGUCUUCUAAAAUUAUUUAUUUUUCCAUAUUUAUAUUUUUAAAUAAAUGUGUAUAUUGAAUUGUGAACUUUCUAGCCCAAGGCUGAGUCUUCGAAGGAAGUAUCUAUCUGUAUGCAGGCCCUUUUCAUUCUCAAGGCUACAAAGCGCCAGUCUGCUGCUCAAGACACACGCAGGGUUAGCCAGGAGGGGCCGCUGCUCCAGACUGGCUGACCCGAAUUGCGAUGACUUGCAGUCCAAACAGACCCCACGUGAGACUUGCUAGCCUCUGCUUCCACAAACACGUGAACUUGAAGGCAAUGGCAGCUGUGGCCAGGGCAGGUCAGCCCUCACACUACUCAGAUGGCCAGACUGUGUAGUUUUGCUUGAUUCCAAAUAAACCGGCAGUCUGUCUGCAAAGUUUUUGUGGUGAUGAGGCUUGAAAUGAGAACGAUUUGAAGGAUUUUUCUGUCAGUCAUAGGGCUUAAAUUCUGGACCUCACGUGCUGUUCCUGGGCUUUUUUGUUUAAGGCUGGUGCUCCUACUAUUGGUUUUUUGGGUGGGUGGCUAGCGAUGACAAUCACAA